AUGCCCAAAUCAACGAGCUCCAAGAUUGCCAAAAGCGCAAAUGCAAAUGGCACGGCAACUACAACGAACUCGGAGGUAGAGUCCGGACUCCUCCAAACAUUACAGGGACACGUGGACGACCUUCGCCCGUUUAUCCAAUGCGGAAUCUGCAUCAGACCGCUAUACGAACCCUUCACUCUCGCCUGCGGACAUACUUUCUGUUACACCUGUUUGUCAUCUUGGUUUCUCGAAGGAAGGUCGCAUAAAACUUGUCCAGACUGUCGAACCCCGGUGGUAGCACAGCCGGCGCCAGCUUAUUUGGUUCGUGCCAUAGUACAGUUAUGGACGAGCCGCGCCGAACUGCUUGAAAAAGGAGAGACCACUGCAGAUCACGUCAAGAACCAACGCGAAGAAUCCGACAAGAUUGACCAGGACAAGAAGAACGAGCAUCCACGGGAGGGAGGGCUAUUUCGAGGCGCAUUCAGGAACCCGCCGACUACGCAGCCUAUUGUCGACCUUGAAGACAACGUUAUCCGCUGUCCACAAUGCGGCUGGGAACUUGAAGAUGACGUUGAAUGCGAACACUGCGGAUAUAUUGGGGAUUUAGAGUCCGACAUGGGUGAAUCACAAUGGAGUGGCACAGAGGAAAACUCGGAAAUGGCUGAAAUGGCCGAUUUUCUUGACGAAGAAGCCCAGGAUGAUUUCGAGGGCGCUGACGCCUUCGAUGGCAACCAUGGAAUAUUCACCUCUUUCUUCCCCCCUGGAUCUUUCAGUCGUCCUUCUGAAUCCCUCGGUUGGCGUAAUACACGAGUCAUUGGCGACAGUGAAGAUGAAGACCCGGAAUUAGGCAACGAGUACGAUGACACGGACAUGGAAUCUUUUAUCGACGACGAUGAUCAUGUCGAGUACGAGACUGGAUCGGACCCGACUACAGUGGUGGGCGGUCAUGGCACGCAGGAUUACGAUUCGCAUAUGGGUUCCGAAAUUGCGACGACUCAGGAAGAUGGAUAUGCCAGCUUCUCCUCCAUGGAUGACGAGGAUCCAGGGGAUAAUGAAAGCGAUGAUGGCGAAGAAGAAGAAGAUGAUGAUGAUGACGAUGACGAAGAUCCCAUCCGGCCACCUGUGACUGGACUACGACGAACAGUGCCAGGGCCCAACGGCAGUUUGAGGAGAAGUGCCGACAUGAGGGGGCGUCUCGGGAAUAACCAGCGCAGCACGCGUUCCAAUACGGCAGGAUCAUCGGCUCAUAAUACGAUUGAUAUCUCAGACGACAGCAACAAUUCCGACGGUUCCAAUGACUCCGACGAUUCUGACGACUCUGACGAAGGGCCAGUGGCACCGUCUAGAAGGACAAGGGGUCGAAUCAACGGAGCCUGGUGA